GUGUUCUUGAAUGUGAUGACGACAUAUUCAUGAGACAGACGCUGGAAUUGAUCAGGACAUGACUUUGUCAAGUGUUUUUUCAUCUUAAUAUUAUUAUUAUACUUUGAUGAAUCGGCGAACUGCCUCGACACCAAAAUGUCUGUACUCAGAGCCAUCAGAUGCAACCCUCAAGUGUUUAGAAAUAUAAUCGCUCGGUCUUCAUCCAGUCUGACUGAUGGAGAGAUGCGAAUCAAAGAAGUGUUGAAGGAAAAGUUUCCUCACGCUUCAUCGCUCAAGGUUGUGGAUAUAUCAGGAGGCUGUGGUGCAAUGUACGAAAUACACAUCGAGUCUGAUGAAUUUAGAGGAAAGAGAACAGUACAGCAGCACCAGUUAGUCAAUCAGGCUCUUAAAGAUGAGAUUAAAGCCAUGCAUGGUCUACGCAUAUUCACUGAUGUUCCUAGAAAAUAGCUGCUCGGCGUCAUUCUCACAUCACGUCAGUCUGCUGUCUCACUACUAUAUCUCACACCUCAGUCUCUCAGUCUGUCGCUCUUUUUAAAGUAAUUUAUGCAGAGUUAUAACAGUGGCAGAGAGAUACUUUACAGAUGUUAUAAAUGAUGUACAGUUAUAAAAAGAUGGAUGUGGUUCACAAAUGCUGUAAUACGCACAGAAUAAAAGACUGUCAUAUAGUUUAUGCCUGUGAAUGACAGUGUGAAAGAAAAAUGUAAAUGAGAGUCUGCAAGGUAUAUGGAUGGGUUGAAUCUUCAGUCAUCGUUCAGUAGUUUAUUGAUCCCAUUGUUUGUGUACACUUACACUUGAAGUAGCUUUGUCAGUUAUCUGAGUUUGUUUUGUUCUAUUGAUUCAUUAAAUUAUAUCACAUCCUU